AGUAUUUCUUGGAAAUCUGGAUCCAAAAGCACAGCUGUUUUUACACUGUAGAUAGAUAGAUAGAUAGAAAGGAAAUACACUGAGAUAAAUAUUGCACAAUUAUUUGUUGAUCUUUCCUAUGAAAUAUGUAUUUUUUUAUUAAAAUAUAUGCAUUAGUUAGAAUAAUUAGUGGUUUUGCAGCUGAAUGUGUGUGUUAGUAUUAGUUUUUCUAGAGUUGCACUAAUUCUGUCGCGCGCUUUCACGCGUCUUCCGCCUGGUGGUGCUAAGCGACGGCAGCGCGUGAGUGGGAGUCCAUCCUCCGAUUGAACUUUUUCCUCCACAUACAGUAAUCUGACACCGACAUUAACCCCUAAAAGCAAAGGAUGGAUUCCCACCUUCAUUCGUAAAAAUAGCUCAGCCAGAGCCGACGAGAAAACACGGCCAAGCGGGGGGGGGCAAACAUCUGAACUCGUGUGCUCGCGCUCCUUCAUCUGUGAAGUGACCUUAGUUUUUGUUUAAAUGUUGACUAAACAGUUUUUAUCUAAAGAGGCGGAUGGGUGACUACCAUUCUCGGCGCUUCCAUGUGAGGAGACGAUGAAGAAUUACAGCAGCAGUCCCCGUCUAAACAAUCACAGCACGGGUCGGAGCAGCAGGAAGGGACUCUGGUUAUCGGCUCUUGGGCUUCGCUUCUCGCUGCGCGAUUAUGGUUUCUGCAUGGCCACACUGCUGCUCUUCUGUCUCGGCUCACUGUUUUACCAGCUGAACGGAGGACCCUCUAACGUUCUGCUGGAGAUCAGGCAGUAUCUCGGAGAAUCAACUUUUGCUGACGACCAUGGGCCUCCUACACCAAGGGAGCUGCCAUUUCCAAGUCAGGUGAUCUACAACAGGGUUGGCAAGUGUGGAAGUCGGACAGUCGUCCUGCUGCUGAGGAUUCUGGCAGAAAAGCACCAGUUUAACUUGGUGUCCUCUGACAUCCAUAACAAAACCAGACUAACAAAACAUGAGCAGGUGGAUUUGAUGAGAAACAUUAGCACUAUUCCGCAACCUUUUUUGUACACCAGACAUGUUCACUUUCUCAAUUUCACAAGAUUUAGGAUAGAACAGCCUGUCUACAUAAACAUCAUCAGGGAUCCCAUUAACCGUUUCCUCUCCAAUUACUUUUUUCGUCGUUUUGGGGACUGGAGAGGGGAGCAGAAUCACUUGGUCCGCACACCCCAGAUGAAAGAUGACGAGAGAUAUCUGGACAUUAACGUUUGCAUCAUGGAGAACUACCCAGAGUGCUCUAACCCACGUCUCUUCUACAUCGUUCCAUACUUUUGUGGACAACACCCUCAGUGCAGGGAGCCGGGUGUUUGGGCCGUGGAGAGGGCCAAACAAAAUGUUAUAGAGAACUUCUUACUUGUAGGAAUUCUGGAAGAGCUGGAGGAUGUAUUGCUCCUGCUGGAGAGACUCCUACCUCACUACUUCAGUGAUGUCCUAUCCAUCUACAAGAGUCCUGCAUUUUGGAAGAUGGGGAACCUUACAGGAACAGUAAGGAAGCACAUGCCCACUCUAGAAGCUCUGCAGGUGCUUUACCAAAGGAUGAAGUAUGAGUAUGACUUUUACAAUUUCAUUUGUGACCAGUUCCAUCUCACCAAGAAGAAGAUCGGCCUCAAGUCUGCCUCCCUGAACUCUAAUCAUGAACCUGACUUUCUCCGUGAGCUUGCCCUCAGGACCCAUGAGCCUUUGGAGGAGGAGGAGGAGGAGGAGGAGGAGGAGGAGGAGGAGGAGGAGGAAGAAGAGGAAAAGGAGGAAGAAGAGGACAUGGGGCAGGAAGAUGCCAACAUCUGGUUGGUUCAGCCGUGAGUAAUAGCCAUGGAGUUGUAGACAUGGCAGAUAUCUCAUAAGCUUGAUGUCUACAUCCAGACAGGAGGUAGAGUCAAAAUUCCCAGGUUAAACUUGGGUGUGUAACCCCUGUUUUAAAUGGGAUGGCCCUGCAAGACACUCUCAAGAGGAGCACAGAAGGGUCUGAAUAAUUAUUUAAGGAACCAACAAUUGUGGCAAAAUGAUUUUGUUCAUGUUUAUGAAAUUGAGUUGGUUAUGGUCAUUUCCUGGUGAGAUGAUACAAGAUUGAAAUGACAGGGAUUUUGUUGGAUUGUCAGAAUGGAGGGAUGAACUAACAGAAUGAGAUGCUAUGGAAGUCUGAUUUUUAGGCACUUCUCCUGUACACCUGGAACCUGGGUGAUUGAACUCGACAUAUCAAGAAAUGAACAAAUUCAGACUACGCUAAAGAAGCAAGUGAGGAUCACGACAAAGUGCCAAGGAUUACUUCAUUAAGCCUAGAAGCUGUAUCACUGUAAACAACUCAAAAACACCAGUCAGCUUUCAUUAUCAUGUCAUCUCAUUGUCACUCCCUUCCCCCUCUGGUUCCAGAAACCUGCUGCAACUCUGUGCCAGAAUUUCAGUGCUUGUCUUUGAGAGUAUCUUUUUAUAUUGUACAUAUAAGGUGUUGUACAAUGAAUCAAAAACUUUUGAAUGCCUGCAAGAUGUCAAAUGCCGCACACUGUUCAUCUAAAAUGUUUGAUGUGAAUGUUAAACAUUUCCUCGCCUUGUCAGUGUGUCAACUGUUGUGUUCAGUCAUUUUAUAAAAUUGGGCCUUUAAGUUCCAUUUGGUACGUAAUGUGCUAAGAACACUUGAAGUACUUGUGCAUCAGUGCAUUAGACCAUACUCAUAUGCCAGUGACUAAUGUUUUGGGUUAGGAUCACAAAAACAAAAUAACAAGAGGGUAAUAUCAAACUAUAUUAAUUAUUUUGAAGGAAUAUAUCAAUCAAGCUGUCAUACAGCACAUGGAAAAACAAGUUUAACAACAGGACAGAACAUUUUUCAUGAAUGUGAAAACAUAAGUUUGUACAUUACAUUUAAACCUAAUUUAAAUGCUGCCCACAGACCAACACUUAUCCUUAAGGUUCCUGAAGUGUAUUUAACUGAAGAAUGCAUUAAUAACAGGUCAGCCUAAUGGGGCAUUUUUGUUGAACUAUGCUGGUUAAGUGAAAUGAACUAUUACUACAUGAGUAAAUAAAUGCUAUAAGCUACAAGCUCUCACAGAAUUUAACACUUCCCAUUUAAACUUGCCGGUUAAGUAUAUAGGUGUAUGUACUUGUGUUGUGUCCAAUGUGGAUUUUUAUAUUGUUUAAUUUAUUUGACAGUAUUACUUUUGAUGAUUGCAUUCCAUGUACGGAUCUCAGGAAGAAGAAAAAAAGAGCAU